GCAAAAAAUUGGGAGGUCCAGACAGUCAGUCAGUCAGUCAGUCUCUCACUUGGAGUAGAGAUAUAGAGAUAUCACCAUCACGGCUCCUCCUCUUUAACAUUCCUCUCUUCCCCCACCGCCCAGAUAUCACCAUCCUUUUGCAGUUAGCGUAUAUUCUGUGUCUGUCCCUGCCCUGCAGCUAUGGACAAUGGUUCUGGUCCAAGUUUGUUUCCGCUGCACCGAUGCAAAACUCUUCACCUGGUGAGGCAUGGACAAGGAAUCCACAAUGUAGAGGGAGCUAAGAACUACAAAGCAUACAUGAAACCUGAAUAUUUUGAUGCACGCCUUACUCCACUAGGCUGGCAGCAGGUUGAUAAUUUGCGUAAGCAUGUUCAUGAAUGUGGGCUUUCCAAGAGGAUUGAGUUAGUCAUUACAUCUCCUUUGCUAAGGACUCUGCAAACGGCUGUCGGAGUAUUUGGAGGUGAGGGUUACAAGGAUAGAACGGACGUACCACCUCUAAUGGUGGCAAAUGCAGGAAAUAGUGAACGCCCAUCGAUUUCAAAUCUCAACUGCCCACCAAUCAUUGCGGUAGAGCUUUGUCGAGAACAUUUGGGCGUUCAUCCCUGUGAUAACAGGAGGAACAUCAGCGACUAUCAGUUUCUAUUUCCUGCGGUUGAUUUUUCGCUGAUAGAAACUGAUGAGGAUAUAUUGUGGAAGGCCGAUGUGAGGGAGACGACAGAGGAAGUUGCAGCUAGGGGAUUGAAAUUCAUGAACUGGUUGUGGACAAGGAAAGAGAAAGAAAUAGCGAUUGUUACUCAUAACGGGUUCUUGUCUCACACGCUAAACGCACUAGGAAAUGACUGUCAUCCUUCGAUGAAAAAAGAAAUGUCCAAACACUUUUCAAAUUGCGAGCUUCGCUCCAUGGUCAUUGUUGACAGAAGUAUGGCAGGGUCCGAUUCAUCAACAACUGAUUAUCCAGGAAAGAUUCCAUUGGGGCCGGAUCUCCCUAGUGAUGUUGCUGAUGAGAAGUACCGUGGGAAAGAAAAGGUCCGAACUCAAGUGUAAAUUGCACUAAAGAAAGGAAGAUGCUAGAAGUGGUGGACAAAUUCGGACAUCGUGCUUGCAUAAAAUGGUAGUGUCUGGUUUGUCCAUGAAAAAUAUCAGAGCACAGGGUUGCAUUGUAUGAGACCUGUAUUGUUGAUGAUGGUAAAUGGUUAUUUCAAGUACAAACAGCAGUGUCCUGUGGUCGCGUAUCGGCGUUUUAGUCCUUGAACUAUCAGCAUUUGCUCACUUUUAUAGACAAAAGAGUAAUUCUGGUUGCAA